UCACACAGCACAAGUGUAGUGACGUCCUGUUGAAGGAGUUUGAAGAGUUUAACAAGAGGCUGGGUGAUGUGUCCAGACACGUCCGGGUCCCUCUGCCUGUGUCUAAUGUCCUGUGGGAACACUGCAUCCGUCUGGCCAACAGGACUCUGGUGGAAGGCUAUGGUAACGUGAAGAAGUGCAGUAACGAAGGGCGGGCCCUGAUGCAGCUGGACUUCCAGCAGUUCCUGAUGAAGCUUGAGAAGCUGACGGACAUGAGGCCCAUCCCUGACAAGGACUUUGUGGAGACCUACAUCAAGGCCUACUACCUGACUGAGAAUGACAUGGAGCAGUUCAUUAAGAACCACAGGGAGUACUCCAUGAAGCAGCUGGCCAACCUGGUAAACGUGUGUCUGGGCUCUCACAUCAACAAGAAGGCCAGGCAGAAACUCCUGGCGGCUAUCGACGACAUCGACAGACCAAAGAGAUAGACAAACAGACGUGGUUAUUGUAUUUAAGGUGGCUCCUAAACCUGAGGCUGUUUUAGAAUGCCCUAGGGUUGUGCAAUCCCAGUAACUUUCUCCAAAUACCCAGGGGUUUCAGAAAUCCUCUGGACGAUUGCCGAUAUAACUUUAUUAGUCCUGAUUUUCGGAAUCUUCCUAAUGGAUUUCUGGAAAACCUGGGAAUUUUUCAAACGUUACUAGAAUUUUAUAACCCUAGAAUGCUCAUAUACCUACCAGGAACAGAAAAGAAGCAAUGAAAAAAGAGCUUCUGCUAACAAAUACACUCAUACAGGAAUGUUAGUUAUUUGACACUUAGUCAGAACAUAUAUGCUACUCUUGUGUCCCUCAUUUUGAUGUCCUAUAUGCUUACAGUUCCGCUGGGUUUUCUAGGUUUCCACGGAGAUACUCCGUUUUCCUGUUCAUCGUGAAUACAGUAUACAUGUAUAUGAGGAAGGAAUCUUGUUUUUACGAUAAACGACUUGAAAUGCUGAAUGAUACUCCAUGACGUGUGAAUCGACUGGCAGACAGUUAUCUUUUUCUCCUACUGUAUGUCUAUAGCAUAAUGUAGUUCUUUCUGCCCGUCUGUAAACCGCUCAGGAGCUACGUCGGCCCUGGGGAAAAACUGAAUCAUUUAAUAUUUUCUUUUUGACUUGUAUGACUAUUAAGCGACUGAAAUAGCGCUGAGUUGAGAAAACGUUCCAUUUUCCAUUGAAAUCCAGGAAAAGUUCAUUUUUCCUGGUAUCACAUGUAUGCAGAAACACAGUUUGUGAAAAAGCAUGGGAUGUUUGAUGAAAUACUUUCCUUUAGGGUUACGCCUAUGGAGACAUCCAGUCUCUAGUGCCCUUCAAGUAUCCAUUAAUGAGGAUGACGGCACUAUGUUUGUUCUGUUGUUCCAGUAGUGUAGGGUGAACGCACCACAGACGCUGAUCUAGGGUCAGUUUUGCAUUUCCACCAGUAAUGGUAAAGGUUCGGAUUGGGGGGAGGGGAAGCUGAUCCUAGAGCUGUACCUAAGGGAACCUCGGAGCUUGUUCGUCCAGGACUAUAACUACCUGUACUUUGUUACGUCCAUAAAUGAUUUAUCCUGAUCUAAUGUUGAUUCUGAACAUAUUGAAUGGUUAGUUAUAGAUGAUGCACUAGGUCUAACGUGGGUUUAGAUGAUAUCUUGCACGUCCUGCACUCGUUUCUUUCCAAGUCAUAUAUGUAAAAGGGUUUUUAUUGUCCAAACAAACAACGUCCAUCAUUGUCACUGCAUCUGUAAAAAUAUACGUUUUUGAUAUCGCAACUGAUUCCAUUAUGUUUUCAUGCAUAACUAUCCCAAAAUAAUGCUGUAAAUGUAAUGUGUAAAAUGUCGUUUUUAUUUAUUGUCAAUUUGGAUUCAGGACGAUUUCUAUAUGAUAAGUACUAUAAGUGUUCUAUCAUCCGUUUGCUGGCGGUACCCUGUAUCUUGUUGUCAACUGUAAAAGAAUAUUUAAAAAGACACAAUUAGACUACAUAUUAUUCAACUCCAGUGGCACUAUUGUGAAAAUAAAUCGUUAAAUGUUGGCGCUGUAGACUAAAGUAAGAUGAUUAUACAGUAACACAAUAAACACACUAACAUUUAAAC